CCGCCACUUUUGUCAAUUUCAUCAUCAUUCUCAAACCCGUGAACAUCUCAACUGCUGCGACAACAGCCACUCUCUCUUCCAUCCCCAAACAACUGCGAUCACGUAUCGAGUAACAGCAGUCAAAACCUCGAAAACUCACUCCAAAAGAAGAGAUAUAGAGCUCCCAACAUGUCUCUGGCGCAGCUUUCCCGCCUGCUGCCUCUCCCCGAGGAUGAGCUGAAGCAAAUGCUCGACUACGCAAACACAUUGUCGAAAUCCGAAGCCGCAAACCACUUCAACGACUUGCUAGGCGACUCCCCACAGGCUGUCGAAUUCAUAUCUUCCUUUAAUUCUCGACGACAAGAGAAGAAGACGCCGGCCCCAGCGCCCCAAUCCAGUUCCAUCAGCUCAAGUGCCCCUGAACCUGCACCAAGGACAUCACGAGGCCCCAAGAAGAAGAAGGCCAACAUACACACACCGGCUGCGAGGCAGAUAGACGCUGCGCCUCCUCCGGGGGCAAGCUACAAUAAAAAGUCGCAGGAGGAUGAGUGGUAUGGAGGGAAGAAGCCAGCUCAGGCUGCGGAGAGCAGUAGCAGCAGCAUCAGCACCGCCUUUCCACAAUUGGGGGCUCCGUCGUCGGGUUCCAAACAACCACCAAAGAGCGCAGCUCCCCCCCCACAGCAGCAAAGAACGGCCGGAGGCUACUUGAUCUCCGACGUCAAGGCCAAGCCCAAGUCGAACCCCGUGUCACGAUCCUCUACUCCCAAGCCUACGACGAAACCUACAAAGAUAUCGAUUGCCGGCGGUACGCCAAUGGCGGGUGCAUCCACGGCCCUCAAUGACCUGGAUGCUGCCAUUAGGUCCCUGGAGGUGACGACGAACCCGACAAUGGGCGACGACCCGAAAGCCAGGAGGUGCAAUUGUGUUGCUACACGGCACCCACUGCAAACGGCAGCGCCCAACUGCCAGUCAUGUGGCAAGGUCAUCUGUGUCAAGGAGGGUCUCGGGCCAUGCACAUUCUGUGGCACGCCUCUACUGUCAUCGGAGGAUGUUCAAGGAAUGAUACGGGAGCUCAAGUCCGAGCGAGGAAAGGAGCGCAUGGCUGCCGACAGAGAUGCUCACAAGCGCGCCGAGGUCAGCAAGAAGCCGGCGCCGUUUACCCAGCACAAGAUGUCCGAGGCGGAGGCCAAGGCAAAGGAGCACCGGGACAAGCUGUUGAACUUUCAGGCGCAGAACGCGCGGCGAACAACGGUCAGAGACGAGGCGGCUGACUUUGAUGUCAGCGGGGCCAUGGCUGGCAGCGGAGGCAAUAUCUGGUCGACGCCCGAGGACCGUGCCAGGGAGCUCAAGAGGCAGCAGAAGAUUCUCCGCGAGAUUGAGUGGAAUGCGAAGCCCGAGUACGAGAAGCGACGGCAGGUGGUCAGCAUUGACGUGGUGGGUGGGAAGGUGGUAAGAAAGAUGGCAGCUGUGGAACGGCCGACGACGCCGGACGAGGAGGAUGUUGCUGUGGAUGAAGAUGUGGACGAGAAUUACAGCCUCGCUAGCCAACGGCAGGGUGGACAGGGUGGACAGGGUGGUGGUGGUGGUGGCGGCGGUGCCUUCAGUCAGAAUCCUUUACUCGGAGGACUGAUCAAACCGGUGUGGGAUGCCAAGGGGAAGGGAGCACAGCUGGAGGGCCGCAAGGACAGAAAGACGCAGUGGAGGAGGGUACAGGACGACUUUGGGGAUAAUGAAGCGGUGAUAUUGGAUGGCGGGGCGCAUGGAUACUCGGCGACGGGUGAUGAGCCAGCGUGCGGUUGAGUUGUCUGUGGAGUGGUCGUGGAGCCAGGAGUGUGGAGGAUCCUCAACAUGUGGCAUGCUGGAUGGUUGGGUUAGAGUCUCUUAUAGAUGAGACAUGUCGCAUUCCUCGGGGAGUAAUGUGUUUAAAACAAAGCAUUGUCAAGCGGUGACGGAGGUGCAGUUGGUCGGUUGUAUACAUGACAUGGUUGGGGGAUCCGAUAGAACCCAUCUGCUCCGUAGUGAUAGAGAUAGAUCAUCCGUACGGAUACCAAUUAGAUGUCGAAUGCUCGGUUCACAUUUGGGCUUGGGCAAAAAACACUUGAUCUCCAGGGUAUCCGGUGGAUGGCCCAAUCACAAACAUAGACAAGGCCUGGAAUAGCAAGUUGAUGUUUGAUGAAGAGCAAACAUGAUGCUCCGGGAAUUCAGUUUGUUGU